UUUUUUAAUACAUUUCCAAGCCAGUCCCCCACGUGCUACUCAAAAGCACUCUCUCCCCCUUUUCACACCUACAUAGUACAUACAUCUCUCUCUCUCUCUUUCCUCCUCAUCCCAACUUCAAUACCCUUUUCUUCUCUUCACUCUUCUCACAUUUUCUUCCUCACUCCACUUUCUCUCUAUAGUUACCAAAACCAAAAAGCAAACCACAAUAUCAUCACCCUUUUCACAAACAAAAAGAAACUAAAACUAAAAGUACCCUAAUCAUUCAUCCAUUCAUUCCAUUUUCACAAUCCUCCCACUUGGAAACAAUGAAAGAAGAAGAUGUUAUCACUGAUGGAUCAAUGCAACAAUAUUGCAUCAACCAUCCUCAUAGAAAAAACCCUGGUGGCAUCUGUGCCUUCUGUCUUCAAGAAAAACUUGGCAAGCUUGUUUCUUCUUCCUUUCCUCUUCCAAUGACUCCUUCAUCUUCUUCUCUCUCUUCUCCUCCUUCUUCUUCACCUCCUUCUUUCAGAUCCCAAACACUUCCACCUUCUUCUUCAUCUUCUCUCAGUUCCCUCUCUAUCCCUCCAACUUUCACCAAACACGACCCUCACACGCGUUCACGUUUACCUUUUCUUUUACCAAACAAGAACAAAAAGAAGAAACCUUCUUCCAUCAACAUGAACAUGAACACAAACACUAACACAAACCCUUCAUCUUUUUCUUCUGCAAAUGUUACUUCUGAUGUUGUUUUCAAGCGUAGCAAAUCCAUAGCCAGUGCCACACCCAGAAGAGCCAAGUUUCUAUCAGAUGAUGGUGUAGAAAAUGGAGAUUUCAAAACCAGAAAAAGGAACCGUUUUUGGUCUUUUCUCCAUCUUUCAUCUUCUUCCAAACAACCUUCUAGCUCCUACAGCAAGAAAACGGAAGAAAAAAGCUGCAGUGUUGACAGUAACAGUAGUCCAAGAAUCUCAGCUGUGAAACCGAAGUUUUGUUCUUCCGUAGGAAGAAACAACUGUGAAAUGGUAGUUGAAGAAGAGGAAGAAGUAGAAGAAGCAGCUUCUGGUUCAAGUUCAGGUUCAGGUUCUGGUUGCUUUGAGCAAGAACAACGCAAGGUUUCAAGAUCUAGAUCUGUUGGAUGUGGUAGCAGAAGCUUCUCUGGCGAUUUCUUCGAGAAAUUCUCAACUGGCUUUGGAGACUGCACUCUAAGAAGAGUUGAAUCUCAACGUGAAGGCAAGGCUAAUAAGGUAAUUCCAUCUUGUUCUUCUUCAUCUUCUGCUGCUACUGGAAAUAGAAAUAUUCAACACUGUAUGAAAGAUAGAGUGAAGUGUGGUGGAAUAUUUGGUGGGUUCAUGAUGAUGAAUUCUUCAUCUUCAUCUUAUUGGGUCUCUAAUGGUGAGGAUGGAAGAAGUAGAAGUAGUUGGGGUUGGGCACUUGCUAGUCCUAUGAGAGCUUUUAGCAGCAAAAGCAGUUCUAAAGAUAACAAAAGCACUUCUGAGAAGAACAAUACUCCAAAUUUAUCUGCUGUUCCUUCAUUGCUUAUUGCCAGAGGCUAAAUAUUAAAGUGGUAAAGUUUUAAUUAGAAGAUACAAAAAGAACCAUUUGAUAGUGUUUCAGUUUGAUCAAUUGAUUACAUAUUUGCUUGUUUUGUCUAUUGAUUAUGUAAUGUGUUUAUUUUGUGGAUGGAUCAUAAUUUUCUUUCAUUGGUAAUGUAAUACUUUUAUAAGAGGAAACAAUUAUUUUGAUACUUUAAUGUGUGAAAAUUAUGGUUUCCUCUUCAAAUUCUUUAUGUUGAUUUUGGAGAGAAAUUGGAAAAGAAAGUCUCAUCUUAUUUGUAAUCAUAUCAUGUGAUUUGUUUGUUUUACUUGAGAUUUUGGAUGUAUUAUUCUUUGUUUGUUUUAACUUAUGUAAUGUAAUGUAUAAUAACUAUUCACAUGUAUACACAUGUUUUCAGCAGUUUAAGGCACAAUGUGGAAGAGAUAUAGAAUCAAUCUAGACCAUGUUAUGGCUAUGUUGUGGUAUAUUGCUAUGCAACAUAGAUGAAGUAGUUUAUUGUUAAUAAAUGUUUGGUGGGGAAUAGUCAAGAGUCAAAUGGAUGAGCAUGUGAGUUAAAGUGGUCCCCUGGAUUGUGUUCAGCAACAAGAUCUUGCAAUCACUGCUAACUGUAACAUUUUUUGUAGGCUUUAGCAUGCAACUGCUGGCAGGCCUAUUAAUGCUAAUAUUUUAGACAAUUUUUUUGACCUAUUCCACAUGCAUAGUUCACAGCUGUGUAUUCAAAACAAAAGAUCUAGUUUACUGUGUUCUUAACUGGGAAACCACUCCACUCCAUUACACCUGCAAGUUUUGGCUGCCAAAUUACUAUGGUCAAUGUUUUUUUAUUUUUAACUAUUCACCAACAAUCGUUUUGAUCCUUAAAAGUGUGAAAUAAUUUUUUUGUUUUGUUUUGGCCAUUUGUGUUACUUACUUGGAUCCAUAUAGGGUCUCUUGCAAAAUAUGAGAAAAAGAAAGAUAAAAACAGUAUGACAAUCGUUGAAUAAAAUUUUUAUAACGUGUAUGG